AGAGGGUGGGCUGUUCACUGUGAACAAACAACACUGAGCCCAUUACCAAAAGGGAAACGUUUCUUCUGAUUUCUUUUGACACCUUUAGAUUAUUUUAAGGAGCUACUUGGAUUAUUCGAGCACCACCUGACUGAAUGGCUGUUCAGUGGUUGAUGAAUUAAAAUGCAGUGGGCUCUGGAGAGAGUGCAUGUGUGCAGUGGAUGGACAGCGGCUCCGGUUCACUUUCAACAUGAAGAGAUUCAUCCGUGUGUCGCAGCUGACUGUGAUUCUGCUCUACAUUCCUCUUGUACAGGUUUUAACCAUUCUGGGCAAUUCCCACUCCAAAGUGAUGCUGUUCCCCGAGGCGUGGGGCCGCAGUCAGUGUCGUUCUCUGGAGCGGAUGGUGGAGGUGGAGCAGGAGUAUCCCGGAGGAGUGGAGCACAUCUACAGUCCCGGCUGCGUGCCACUGCUGCGCUGCUCCGGAUGCUGCAAUGAUGACAAACUGUCCUGUUUCCCCGCCAGCACACACAACAUCAGCAUCCAGCUGUUGAGAAUAACUCCGGCGGUGAGGAGCAGAGAGUACGUGCUGCUUUCCUUUCUGGAGCACCAGAGCUGUGAGUGCAGGCCCAGGCGACACCACCUGAGAAAUCAGCACAGAAGGAGGCGGAAGGGCAAACGCAGGAGGAGACGGAGAGGAGGACGGAUGAGGAUUGAGACGCAGCCGGGGUCAGCCACACACUCGCAUCAGUGCAUCACGUUCACUCAUUAGUGCUCAUGUGUGUGUGUCCAGGGGCCCAUGCAUACACCACUAGUCCUAAGAAAUAUGGUGAUCAUUAUGGCAGAUAGGCACAGUCUCCAUUCAUCACACCAUCACUUCUGGAUCAGGAUCAGGAUGAGUAUCAGCACAAACCCUGCUGUGGCUUCUAGAGAUCAACACACACUGUGUUUACACUGACUGCAUGGAUCACAGACUGUCCCUGAGAAACGAGUGUCAGUAAAGCUGCUGAACUGAAGGACACAGAGCUCAUCAUCAGUGAGCAAAUGUGAAAUACCUCAGUGCUGCUGUACAGUUAACUCCACAGUCUGGGAGAUGUACAGUAGAAAUACAAAAAACAAUGCAAUGCAUGUUCAUAUCCCCAUAUGUGUCUUAAUGUAUUUUAUAAAAUAAUAAACUCACACUAUUUAAAGAAAU